CCCAUGGGCUGGGCAGGCUGGCGAUAUAAAUCCAGCAGCCCCAGCACCUCUCUCCAUCCUGCUGGCCAAGGUGAAGGAGGCAGCUGCAGGAUGAGGCCACUGGGGCUGAGCCUGGGGCUGGCCCUGCUCUGCUUGCUGAGCACCAAGGCUGAGGACCCUGGAGCUGCAGGGCUGGACAAGAACAAGGUUGCAGGGCAAUGGCACAUUGUUGCUCUGGCCUCCGACUCCGAGAGCUACCUCCAGAAGAAGGACGAGCUGAAGAUGGCCAUGGCCAAAAUCGUGGUCCUGGGAGAGGGUGACUUGAAGAUCUCCUUUGCAAUUCCCACCCCGGAGGGGUGUAAGAAAUUUGAGUCACUCUACAAACAAACAGGCAUCCCUGGACAAUACUACAGCACCGACAGAGGCAACAAAACGGUGCAGGUGGUGGACACCGAUGGCAAGACCUACGCGGUGGUCUUUGCCACCAGAGUGAAGGCUGGGAAGCCCCUGCACAUGCUGAGGCUCUACAGCAGAACCCGGGAGGUAAGCCCCGAAAUCACAGCACAGUUCAAGAAGCUGGCAAAGGAGAAGAGCUUCACUGAUGAGAUGAUCCGGAUGCUGCCCAGGCAGGAGGAAUGCAGCCUGGAUGAGGUGUAGGAAGAGGGGCUGUCUGGUGAGUGCUCCACCUGAACCAUGCAAGACAUAGGCUCUGAAGAUCCAGGCUGCUGCUCCACCAUCCUUCUGCCCAGUUCCUACAUCUCCUGCUCCUCUGGUACCUAGUCCCUCGCUUUUUCCAAAUAAACAG